AUGGUUGCAAACAUGGCUUCGUUUCCAGCCUCAUCUUCACGGUUGGCAGCUGCCACAGCCAGCAGCAGUCGAGUGCGUCUCAGUGAUGCUGCAACGAAAGCUACUAGCUUCAGCUUCCAGCGAGCGCUCGAAACCGGACCAAAUACAUCAGCACUGACGAGAAGGAAACAUAAACAGCGAUCAACCUGGCAACCACCAACAUGGCUUCUGCCCUCAAUCCAGCUGUCGACCUCUCGUCACUUUUCUUCUUCAGCAUCGAGAACGCGACCUCGCACCUCGACACCCUCCUCAUCGGGCAUACCGGAAUACUCGUUCCCUCAGCACUGCAACCCAACACCAUACGAAAUCUUUCAUUUCACCUCAAGCCGCAACGUCAUGCCUUCCGAAGUCAAAUCACGAUACUACGACCUUGUGCGAUCUCUCCAUCCGGAUCGUCUAUCGACUUCUUCCUCCGACAAGACUAAAGUGAAAGCCCAGGAAGAGUUCAAGUUGGUAGUGCAAGCAUACAACCUUCUCAAAGAUACCAAGAAGAAAAACUUGUACGAUCGAGCAGGAAUCGGAUGGGACGGAUCAAAAGGCGACACUUGCACCACUUCCCCUUUUGCUGGCAGCGAUCCGUGGAGGAAUUGGCAAGAUUUGCGAUACACAAGACGUUAUAAUCCCGGCUACACAGGACCAGGCCACGACCGUUUUGGAUGGCAAAACCAAGGAUUCUAUUCAAACCAGUAUAACGCUGCCGGCACCGCAGGUUAUGGUAAUGGUUGGAACGGCGGUAAUGGUAAAUACACCUCCAACGGAAUCUUGAUCUCCACCUUAUUCGUUGUAACUUGGGUUCUAGCAGGAUUGCAGUAUUCUAGAUUGAGUCUCCAGAGUCAAAAAGCGACAGAGAGAGCAGAUAGAAGUCACUUGGACGCUGCAAAAAGUUUGAAUCAAGCAAGAGAGUUGGCGAGGAGUCAGGAGGGAAGGGAAAGAUGGAAAGCGUUCAGAAGAAGAGCCAGGGAGCAGAAGGUGGUUGAACAGUUAGGAUCGGCCGAGGUCGGUCAUGUUGCGUUGUUGGCUAUCGGUACGCCCAAGGCAGGAGCGUUUGAGGAGAGUCCGUACGCAAUCGGACACGGUGGACCGAGUGGGAAAGAGGCUGCUCAGGAACGUUUUGCCAGGGCUCAGCAGGCGCAACAAGCCAGGAUGGGAACUCAGUAA